GAAGAGGAGCUCGGCGUUGCCGGGGAGACGCGGCAAGAUGGCGGCGCCCGAGGAGAGCGAGUGGGAGGCGUGGAUGGUGGAGACUCUGAGCCUCUAUGACGACCUCCACGUGUUUGAACUGCAGGAAGCGACGCGGGUCCUCGAGUGGAUUCACAAGACAGGUGUGUGCGUCGCUGGCUACGGAUCAGGAAGGAGGAACGAAAUUCUGCAGCUCGCUCUCCCCCAGAAACUCUCGGCUAAACAAAAGCAGGUGAGGGACUUUUGCCCCGACCGUGAUUUCCGUGUGGAUGGAGGCGGCUUUUCCCACAGACCCGUCUACCAGCUGAAACAUGUGCCCGGGACCAGCCUGUUGGUGACCAGUGGUCCUCCCGAUACCUCGCUACAGGUCUGGACGCUGGGCGCCGGCGACAGUGACAGCGUGCGGCUGCAGAGCUCGUGGCCGCUGACCGGUCCUGCAGGCAGCGGAUGGUCCAGGCUCUCCGUCACCGGCCCACCUUCCCCCCGCGUCCUGCACGGAUCCACCGUCACUGACCUGUCCCUGCUGGACCUCCACACACGGACCGAGCUGACCACCGCCGCCCCCACAGGGCUGGACGCCGGUGAAUCGGUCAGCGGGCUGGCGUUACUGGACAGCUGCACCUUCCUGUUGUGUACGGAGAGCGGGCGGCUGGGCAUCGGCGAUACCCGGCAGUGCCCGGCACUGACCAGUCCCCCCAGCCCGGCCGCGGGCGCUGGCCACUGGACCAUGGCGCUGGAGCCCGGCGGCACGGCGGUGGCCAGGCUCUCGUCCAGCGGGCAGCUGGUGCUGACUGACCGCCGGGAUCUCAGUACCGCCCUGGCACGGGCACAGAUGGACAUUACCCAGACACCGGACAACACUGACCACCUCUGCCUCACCUGGGCACCUCACCUGCGCCACCACCUGGCUGUCUCAGGGUUUGACGGUUCAGUGCGGGUGUACAACGCCGCCCGCUGGUCUGAGAGCCCGGUGCGGGCCGAGCCGGUGAUCGUCCACCGGGGCCACGGGCUGGGGACCGGGUCAGAGCAGCCGCUGGUCACCGCCCACACCUGGGUCCCUGGGCAUCAGCGGGCGCUGCUCUCCGCCGCCACCGACGGCUCCCUCCACCUGUGGGGGUGGGCAGGGGGUCGUGGGGCGUGACCCUAGGCAGAGGGGGGGGUCGUGGGGCGUGAGCCCAGGCAAUUGGGAGGGUCGUGACCCCAGGCAGGGGUCACAAGGUUCUGACCCCGACGGCAGGGGGUCAUUGCGGGUCGCAGGUCCGUGGGACCAUCUGCAAUCGUAGAGUCACUCAGCACGGAAACAGGCCGUUCGACCCAACUUGCCCCAUCUACACUCGUCCCACCUGUCUGCAUUUGGCCCAUAUCCCUCGAAACCUGUCCGUCCUAUAGGACAGGAGCGACCUGGCCUGGCCACACCACCUGAGGGCCAUUGAGAUGUGAUUCACUCUCAUACAGCAUGGAAACAGACCCUUCGGCCCAACUCAUCUCUGCUGACCUAAGGUGCCCCAUUCACGAUAGUUUGACCCAUACCCCGUCUCCACAUCCAGGUGUCUUGUGAACGUUAUUGUGCCUGCUGCAGAACUCUCCAAACACUUACACCUUUGUAGGUUAAUUGGCUUGGUAAACUUGUAUAAAUGUAAAUUUGUAAAGUUAUCCCUAGUGUGUGAUGUUAAUGUGCGGGGAUCGCUGGUCGAUGCGGACUCGCUGGGCUGAAGCGCCUGUUUCCGCGCUGUAUCUCUAAUCUAAACUAAACGCUGGGUGAAAUUUGGAGGACCUCAAGUCAAGUUUAUUUGUCACAUACCCAUACAAGAUGUGCAGUGAAAUGAAAGUGGCAAUGCCUGCGGGAUUGUGCAAAACAAUGAACAGAAUCAGUAUUUACAUUUUAGAAAAAAACCCCAGCAAUUUAAAAAAGACACAACACAACAGUAAAUUAGUCCCUGGUGAGAUCAGAGUUUACAGUCCUGAUGGCCUGUGGGAAGAAACUCCGUCUCAUCCUCUCUGUUCUCACAGCGUGACAGUGGAGGCGUUUGCCUGACCGAAGCAGCUGGAACAGUCCGUUGCUGGGGGGGUAGGGGUCCCCCAUAAUGUUGCUGGCUCUGGAUCUGCACCUCCUGGUGUAUAGGUCCUGCAGGGGGGUGAGUGUAGUUCCCAUGGUGCGUUCGGCUGAACGCACUACUCUCUGCAGAGCCUUCCUGUCCUGGGCAGAGCUGUUCCCCAACCAGAUUGUGAUGUUGCCGGACAAGAUGCUUUCUACAGCCCCAGAGUAGAAGGAUUGAAGGAUCCUCAGAGAGACUGAAUUUCCUCAGCUGCCUGAGGUGGUAAAGGCGCUGCCUUGCCUUACUCACCAGUGCGGCAGUGUGUGUUGUCCAUGUCAGAUCCUCUGUGAUGUGGACUCUCAGAUAUUUAAAGCUCACCCUGUCCACAGUAUCCCCAUUUAUCUCCAGUGGUGUGUACGUCCUCGGAUGUUGUGCCCUUCUAAAGUCCACAAUCAGCUCCUUAGUUUUAUGAUAUUAAAGAGGAGGCUGUUGUCCUGACACCAGAGUGCUAGAUCAGCCACCUCCUCCCGGUAGGCCUUCUCAUCGUUAUCUGAGAUCAGGCCCACCACCACAGUGUCAUCAGCAAACUUGAUGAUAGAGUUGAAGCUGAACCUGGCCACAGAAGGAACUGCAGAUGCUGGUUUAACUGAAGAUAGACACAAAUAAACUGGUUAAAACCGAAGAUAGACACAAAAAACUGGUGUAACUCCACGGGUCAGACAGCAUCUCUGGAGAAAAGGAAUGGGUGACAUUUCGGGUCAGCAAUCUGAUGAAGGAUCUCGACCUGAAACGUCACCCAUUCCUUCUCUCCAGAGAUGCCGCCUGUCCCGCUGAGUUACUCCGGCUUUUUCUGUCUUAACUCCGCGUGAGAAGAUGUCAAGCAAACGGUUUCAUUGAUAAAUAGUUGAUAUUUAUUUAUACUGGAGUGCAUGGAAUAAUGUCUCUGGCAAUGUAAACUGGUCUGUGAUAACCGUGAAGCAGCUUCAGGGAUGAUCCAGUGAUGGAGUCUCCCUGAGAACGACGCAAAUACUAGCUGGCUUGGCAGUGUGAGAGAACAUGGGGCCUACAGCUGACUUCCACCUCCCCCUGCCCCACUGGGCACCACAGGGGCUUAAGGUCAUUAGUAAUGGGAGCAAAAUUAGGCCAUUCGGCCCAUCAAGUCUACUCCGCCAUUCAAUCAUGGCUGAUCUAUCUCUCCCUCCUAACCCCAUUCUCCUGCCUUCUCCCCAUAACCCCAGACACCCGUACGGCUUGAGUGCUUCCUGGAUGAAAGUUAGAAGGUUUUGCUUUGAUACUGUCAUGUAUAUUCCUUAUUUAAGAUACCUAUCUCCUGAGAGCGGCAUUUUCUCUGCCACUUUGUACCUGUAAAUAAACUAUUGUAGAUAGUUAUAAAAACUACUAUAGUAAAACAACAGCAGUCUCACCAUCAUUUGUACAAUCGUGUAAUAACAUCCCAACUCCUCCAGUCAACAUCCUCACUGAUGAAGGCCAAAGAUACCCAAACCCCUCUCUUCCUGCCAUGCCACUUUCAAGGAACUAAGUCCCUGCAUUUCUAGAUCCCUCUGCUGUACAACACUCCCCAGAGGCCUGCCGUUCACAGUGAAGGUCCUAACUUCAUCGGCCACAGGACCAGAAUUCGGCCAUUCGGCCCAUCAAGUCUACUCCACCAUUCAAUCAUGGCAGAUUUAUCUCUCCCUCCUAACCCCAUUCUCCUGCCUUCUCCCCAUAACCCCUGACACCCGCACCAAUCAAGAAUCUAUCUAUCUCCACCUUAAAAAUAUCCACUGACUUGGCCUCCACAGCCGUCUGUGGCAACUGAACCAUCCCACCACAACUAGAGAGCAGUCCUGAACUACUAUCUACCUCAUUGGUGACCCUCGGACUAUCUUUGAUCUGGCUUUACCUGGCACUAAAUGUUAUUACCUGUAGACUGUGGACGGCUCGAUUGUAAUCGUGUAUUGUCUUUCCGCUGACUGGUUAGCACGCAACAAAAGCUUUUCACUGUACCACGGUACACGUGGCAAUAAACUAAACUGAA